GGGAUGGAACCAGGACCUCAUACAUGCUAAGGAUGUGCUCUGCCUCUAAGCUAUACCCGCUCCCCUUUCUUUUAAUUUGAUGAAAAAAAUGUUUCUGUUAACGGAGAAAUACUCCUAGAAAUGACAGGUUUCCUUGGUUUUCAUCACUAAUUCAAGCUCUGAAGGCUUAAAUAGCAUAUGGUUUAAAAUUCAGGUUUUUAAAAUUUUUAUCUUAAGGAAAAAGAAGUUUCAUAUUGUAAUAUCUCUGUUUUGCUUACAACACGGUCCCACCUGCGGGGCUCCUUGUACGUGACUCCUGUCGGCCUGAGUGCUUAGAUCUUCUGGCUGUGAAGCAGGGUCAGCACUGGUGUGGUGGCCAGGCUGCACCAGCAUCUCUGACUUAGAACCAACACCAGGAGCAUCAUUUUGCCUCUUUCCACACCUUUCUGUUAUCUCAUUCUUAUCUAUAAAAGGUCCACGUUUUGAACAUUUAGCUAAGUUAAAAGAAGUUGCAGUGAAUACUUGUAACCUCCCCCUCCAAGACUCUACCGUUAAUGUUUUGCUGUACUAGUUGUAACAUGUAUCUGUCUGCCCCUUUCUUCAUCAGUCCAUCUUUUUUUGGGAUGCAUUUCAAAGUGAAUCACAGCCAUAAGUAUGCUUUCCCUAGAUAAUUCAGAAUGCACGUGCACCAUUAACUAGAUUUCAGUAUUUGUUUAGCUUUUUCUCUUGUUGCGAAAUUUCUGUUAAAUGAAAUGUACAACACGAGAGGGUACAUUUGCUGGAUUUUCACAGAUGCAUGAUCUCUGCCUUUUGUGUCUCUCUUCGGUCUUUGCCAUUCUGCUGGCCCCAGAGUUGUCCCUCUGUGGCUGCUGGGCCCUUUUGUUGGUCAUUCCUGGUCCUUCACAGAUGCCAGUACCAAUGAACUUACUCAGAAUCUGAAGGGUCCCAUUCUCUUUUACAGAAUCACAUACUCCACAUGCCUGAGUGAAAUGCUGUCCCUGACAAGGUCUUGCCAGUCCCUGGAGGGUGCUGGCCCUCAAGCACUGGGUCUUCAAAUGGAGACCUGAGGGCAGACACCUGGGCAAACAGACAGGUUAUCACUCAGUGUUCGACAGAUGCCAGAGUGAACAAAUAUGAAGUACAAAGCCCUGUGCUAGCUUCCCUCCAGGAUUUAGAAUGAGAUUAUCCCAGUUCUCAAGUGGCUCUUCAUCCCGUAGAGAGGUGGACAAACAAGCAGUGGUGUCCGAGGCAGUGCUGGGAUGCUGCAGUGAGGGCAGAGUGCUCAAGGGCUUUCUCUGGGACAGUGGGAAGGCUUUCUGGGAAAGGUGGCAUUUGACUGAGGCUCAGAGAGCACAGGACAAGUGCAGUAGGAUCAAGGUUGAAAGGCUGUCAGGGCCCAGGAUAUAGACGGUUGUGGAGCCUGAGACUCAGUGACGUGGUCAGAGCUGUGCGUGGAACCUUGUGCCUCAGAUGGUAAGUUCCAUGGCUUCCUUGCUGGAACUUGAAGCUCCUUUCAGCCCGUCUCUGCCUGGUGGUAGGCGGAAUAACAGCUCCGCAUGGAUGCCUGGGCGUAACCACCAGAAUCUGUGGAUGUAGCACCUCACUGGCAAAAGGAACCUUGCAGAUGUGAUUGGACUAAGGACCUUAACACAGAGAUUAUGCUGGACCGUUUGGGUGGGCCCAGUGUAACGGAAGUCCUUCAGAGUGGAGCAGGGAGGCAGAAGGUGAGAGUCGGGGGGAGGCGUGAGGACAGAAGUAGGCACAGGGAGAGGCGGCCUUGCUGGCUUCCUCCCUGACAAGCUUGGUCCUUCCAUUGGAGCGUUGACCCCCUCCCCUCUUCCAGCCUGCUGUUACUGCCUUCCUCUCAGCCUACGGACUCGCAGACCUCCACUGGGACCCCAUCACCUCUUCUUCCACCUCUGCCCUUUCUCUUCUCUUUUCACCAAACUCUUCAUACCUGUUAGGGAAUUUGUCUGCUGUUCCCACCUUAGUGAGCCCCUAGCGAGCCGGUCAGUGCACGAGAAUCCCUCAUCCCUCGAAAGUCUCUCUUCUUCCGGCUUCUGGUAACCUCUCUUCCACAGCGUCCUGUUGUCCGGCAGGUCUUUCUGUGCUUUCCCCGUGGGCUUCUUUUUCUCCUCUGUUUGCUUCCUAGAUGUUAAUGAGCCCCCUGUUUAACCCUGGUCCUACAGUUUAUUUUACUCUUCGUGUUAUUUUUGGUUGAUUUGAUAUACUGCCACGGUUUCAUCUGAUAAUGCCAGUAGCUGUCUUUACCAGAUUUUGCUGUUUAUUGGUGGGCUUUAUUGAAGUUAUGUCACAGUGUUGUUGAAUGAACUACAUGUCACCGGGAAUGUGGUCUCCCUCAGACUCCUCUAUCCAUCUGCCUACUCCUCCUGCAGCUCAUAGGACAGUCACUCUAAAAUCCACGCAAAAGAUCCAUUCCCCCAUCUCAAGACAUUGUCCUGUUUGAGAACAUAGCUCGUCACCUUGAGUACAUACAGACAGAAAGGCUGAACAUCCCUGGUUACUUCAGCCUUUACUCACCUGACAUUGAAAAGUGGGCCCAGUGAGGAAAGGGCCUAACAACCUCUGCCCUAUGCUCAGCCCCUAGACUGGUACUUGGCAUUCUGUAAGUACUCGGGUAACACCUGGUGCAGGAAGGAGAGAACAGAGGAGCCAUAUGCGUUCAUUCCACCUUCCUGUCCUGCUAACUCCGGGUCCUGACUCCUUAAAUAACACCCACACAAGGAACACACAGCAUCCACCUGUGAUUCUUAACUCCCACAUCUAGUAUGUUCAGCUAGAACUUACAGCUAGUCCUUACCCAGGUUUCUGGAGAAGGGUUAAAAGGCCAGAGCUGUGCCCAGCGUCAGAGACCUCACCCCAUGCGGAUGUGACCCUUGGGCAGCUAGCUAUGCUCCCUGCUGUCCUUUAUUUAGUCCAUGUUGUUUCCUGUGUCAGGGACUGUGGGAGUGAGCAGGAAGGAACACUAGCCUUCCUGUGGAGAUAGGGAGCGACACAGGAAGGGGUGAUGCUUGAUCUUGCAGGGUAGAGAGGAUUUUACCACGGGAGGGAGGAGCGUUCCUGGCCUGGGGGAGCACAUGUGAAGAGGUCAGGCAGUUCAGGAGGUACAGCGAGGAGGUGGGGAAAGUGUGGUUGUUUGAUGGGGCUUUUAGGGCUAGUGAGGUAUAAAAGGACUGCCCACAAAGGGUCCUGAUCCAUGCUAAGGACUUGGUCCAUUCUCCUGUAAGUCCUGGGACACCAACAGAAUUUUAAUCAAGAAGCGAAACUUUCACGGUUUACUGUUGGGAGUGAGAAAGACCUAAGUGGGAGAAGUAAGUAGGAGGUCUCUGGGCGGAGGACAGCAAGGGCCUGACCCAGGGCCCUGGCAGCGGGAACCUGGAGGAGCAGGUGGACUGGAGGAGCAUUCAGGAGGGGGACCUACAGGUUGUCAUCUGCACUUGGGUGCAGAGGACAAGAGUCUAGAAAGAUACUUGGAUUCCUGGGUCGCUCAGUGUCAUUUAUUUUUUCAAUUAACAAGCAGAUAAUCCUUACCAUGUGUCAGGCACUCUUAAGUGUUUAACAAAUAUUGACUCAUUCAAGUCUCAUAAUAACCCUACAGGUAGGCACUGUUUUGUCCCCGUUGGAUAGAGGAAGAGACUGAGACACUCAGAGGUUAACAGACCCGUGAGCAGUGGAGCAGGGAUCUGAACCCAGGCAGUCUGGCUGCAGAAUCCACGCUGUUAGCCAGAGUUGGAAAUAUGCACUUGAGGUUGGGAAAAGGGGGGGCAGGGAGGGGACGGAGUGUCCGUUCAUUCUAGCCUGACACUUCACCUGUCGUGAGCCAAGCAGUGGGACAGAAGCUAGUGGAUGUGCACUGUGUCCUGGAAGUGCCCCCGGACCAUGGAAGUGAGGCUGGGAUAGACCAAAGAGACAACAAAGGGAACCCUGCAUUUAAUUUAAUCAUGACUUUAAAUCGUUAGAGCAGACCAAGAGGUACCAAGAUACAUCGAUGAAAACUAGGUGAGGAUGGAAGCAAAGCAAAUAAAGGGCUUCAGGAACAAGUGAGAGACCAGCAAUGCCUCUGCAGCAGGAAUCAUUGCUGAGGCCUGGCUUGGUGCUGGUGAGGAGGCAGAGACCCCAGGGCUUUUGUUCCUGCCAAUGAACAUUGAAUUGAAAUGGAAAUCGUUAAGUCGUCCAGAAUAAAAGGGGGGCAAACAGUAUAAAAGAAAACAAAAUACGAAAGAACUGUAAACAUAAACACGGAAAAUAUUCAAACCCAGUAUUCAAAAGGUGUAAAUUAAAAAUACAAUCUAUACGCCAGAAAUUGACCCAACAUUGUAAACCAACUAUACCUCAAUAAAAUAAAUAAUAAAUAAAAUACAGUCUAAAUUUAAACAAGGUAAAAGUGCCGUGUUUUAUAGACUUGUACUUCUAGCCAAGAGGGAGUAAUAGGGAGUGGAUUUACCCUGUUGCCCAAACAGCAACAACCACAGAAACACAGACAAAACAGGUGAACAGUCCUUUUGUUCCAGGACACUGGAUGUCAGGCAACAAAGGCAGUCCCCCCGAGAGAUGGACAGCCAACCAGGUGCUCCCUCUGAUUUGCCUGUUGAUUACCUUGAGAGGGUCUCCAGGUUAUAGCAGGGGAAGGGGAAGCUGAGGCGGGGCUGAGCAGACGCGAGUCCAGGGUGCGGAGCUGAGCCCGUAGGGAGGGCGGAGCGGCCAGCAUCCGCAGAGAGGAGUGGGCACCCUGGAGCGGUCACACGGCCACGUGUGCAGGGAGGCUGAGGGAGUAGCGCCCAACGAUCACCUGGGAGUUGUUGCCGGCUACACUGGCUGGACUGGAAAGUGCUUCUAGUCCUGCAGCACUGGGAGUGAAGCUAUAGGGGGUAACACCUGUGUGCUUAGAAGUCUGUAGUCAGCAAAAAUGUAUUUCAACAACAAGGCAAGACAGCCUCCAGGAUGGGAGAAAAUACUUGGAUGUUACAAACCUGAUAAGGGUUUAAUAUCCAAAAUAUGUGAAGAACUACAGGUGAAUAACUAAAAGGCAAAUGACCCACUUAAGAAGAUGGGUUAAGGACUUGAACAUAUAUUUCUCCAAAGAAGAUAGACUAAUGGCCAGUCAGCACAUGAAACAAAUGCAGAUGAAAGCCAGUGAGCUGCCACUUCAUUUAGAUGGCUAGAUAAUUUAAAUGGCGUGACAGGCGUUGGGAAGCAUGUGGGGAAAUUGGAGCCCUUGUAUGUUGUGGAUGUGAAGUAAAAUGAUGCAGCCACUAUGGAAAAUAGUUUGGGUGCUCAAAAACUAAGCAUAAAAUUACCACAUAGCCCAGCAGUUCCACUCCCAGGUAUACUCGUCAACAGAUGAGCAGACAAACAAAAAUGUGUUCAGUCCAGCCGCGGAGCAGCAUUUAGCCACUCAGAGAGGGAGCUACUGCUGCAGGCUGCAGCACGUGUGACGCUGCAAACACGAUGCUGAGUGAGAGAAGCCAGACUCAACAGGGCAAGCACUGCGCGAUCCCACGCACAUGAAAUAGCUGGAGCAGGCAAGUUCCAAGCCAGAAAGCAGGUUAGAGGUAAUGGGGUCUGAGGAGGUGGGUAGGGAGUUACUGCUGUAACGUUUCAGAGUUGCACAGCACUGCGAGUGUACGUAAUGCCACUGAAUUGUACACUUAAUGAUUCAAAUGGCAAAUUGUUAUAUUUAUUUUACCACAACUUUACAGAUUAAUAAUGUAAUAUAUCAAAAACAUUGGAUUGUACCCUUUGAGUGGAGGAAUUGUAUGGUGUGUGAGUUUUAUCUCAAUAAAGGGAAAAGAGAUGAUCAGAUACUUAUUACCAGCAGACCCACAUUACAAGAAAUGUUAGUGGGGAGGGUGUAGCUCCGUGGUAGAGAGCGUGCUUAGCAUGCAAGAGGUCCUGGGGAUUGAACCCAGGACCUCCAUUAGAAAGUAAUAAAUAAACCUAAUUACCUCUCCCCCCCAAAAAAGCUUAAAAAAAAUAAACAAAAAUUUAAAAGGCAAGAAUGAUUAGAAUGUAAUGAGUGUAAGAUUGAUUAUUGGAAAAAAAAAAGAAAAAAUGUUGAGAAAAGUCCCUCAGGGAGAAGGGAAAUGGCUCCACGUGGGAAUGUGGAUCCAGCCUAGAGGGUGAACCGCUCUGGUGGUGGUGACUACGUCGAUAAACGUAAUUUUUUUCUUAAUACUGAACAUCUUUAAAAGAUUGCCAGCCACGUGUCCGUUUCCUCGUGGACCGCGCAGCACCUGUCAGAUCGGGUCUGUGGGCAGGUGUGGGCCCUGGGGCAGCUGGGCCUGUGCUCAGGUGUCCAGCAGCGAUACAGUUGUUACCAGCCGGAGUUCUCGUCUCUGGGGGAGCGUCCACGUCCAGCUCGCUCUGGGGCUCCUUGCUGGCUGCGCUCAGCUCCGUGGACGACCCACGCGUCCCUCACCUUCAGCAGGGACCGCACUUCCCUUUGUUCUCGUGUUUCAAGUCUCACUUCCCUUCUGCCAUCAGCUGGAGAAAGCAGUUGUUUUCUUACCAGUAAAGUGAGAGUGUUAGAUUGAGUCAGGGUUUGUCUCUUGAUUGAGUUUUCCCUCAAAAAGAGGAUUUCUCGAGGGGAGGGAUUAGCUCUGUGGCAGAGCUCAUGCUUAGCAUGCACAAGGUCCUGGGUUCAAUCCCCAGUCCCUCCAUUAAACAUAAAUAAAUAACCCUAAUUACCUCUCCCCCUCAAAUAAAUAAUAAUUUUAAAAAAAUUUAAGAAGGGAAAACAGUAUCUUGUUAAAAAAAAGAGGAUUUGUUGCAUAUUGGAGCCAUUCAGUUCCAAAUGUGGUUCAGCGUGGAACCCUAGAGAUGGAGAGAGGAAAGGCCAUCUCUGGAGCUGUUUUAUUCCUACUCCUGGGGGCUUCAGGCACUGUCGGUGUGUGUCUGGGACAAUCUGUGGUGUGUGUGUGUACUGGGGAGGUGAGGGAAUCCAGGCUCAUGACUACCGAGCCCCAGUCACAGCACCUCUCACGUCUCGUCCUCUUCCCCAGUGCCACUGGUUCCGCAUCUCCCGUCACGCAGGAAAGCAUCACCAAGAACCAGGAGGGCAUGGAGGCCGAGUUGCUAACUGCUGGGUCCCACGCACUGGUGACCUUCCAAGACAUCCUUGUGCACUUCACCAGGGAGGAGUGGGAGCUGCUGGACGCAGCACAGCAGCUCAUGUACAGAGACGUGACGCUGGAGAACUGCCGAAACCUGGUGUCCCUGGGGCAUCAGCUUCCCAAGCCAGAUGUGAUCCUCCGGUUGGAGAAGGGGGAGGAACCGUGGCUGCUGGAGAGAGGCGUUCACCCAGAGGCCCAUCCAGAUUUGGAGGCUGCAGUUGAAAUUAAAUCAUCACUUUCCAGUAGGAGCAUCUCUAAAGAUGAACAGUCCUGUGGUGUUAAAAUGGAAGGAAUGGCAAAGGAUGACCCCUGGUACUUGUCACUGGAACAAGUCUGGACGUGUGAAGGUCGCUUGGACAGGUCUCAGGGCAGCCAGGAGAGACAUCUGAGGCAAGUGGCAUUCCCCCAGAAGAAAGCACCUCCCCAGGAGAGAGCCUGCGGAAAUGGGAAAUUCGGGACAAGCUGUCCUCUUCCUGCUCAGCUAGUGCUGCGAGAGUAUUUCCUUAAACAUGACUCACAUCCUAAAACUGUAAAGCAGAGUUUAGUUUUCAGUGGUCCUCAGGAAGGCUAUGCAAGCAACAGUGAUGACUGUGAUCAAACCAUCUGCCAAAACAUUCACCUUAUUCAGUUUGCAAGAACUCAAGCAGUAGAUAAAUCGUACAGAUGCCCUGAUAAGAAUUCUCUUACUCGUGGUACAUCCCUUGGUAUAUCGAAGGGUAUACUUAGAGAGAAACCCUACGAAUGUAAGGAAUGUGGGAAAUUCUUCAGCUGGCGCUCUAAUCUUACCAGGCACCGGCUGAUUCAUACUGGAGAAAAACCCUAUGAAUGUAAAGAAUGUGGAAAAUCUUUCAGCCGGAGUUCUCAUCUCAUUGGACACCAAAAGACUCAUACUGGUGAGGAGCCAUAUGAGUGUAAAGAAUGUGGGAGAUCCUUCAGCUGGUUCUCCCACCUUGUCACUCACCAGAGGACUCAUACAGGAGACAAACUGUACACCUGUAAUCAGUGUGGGAAGUCUUUUGUUCACAGCUCCAGGCUCAUUAGACACCAGAGAACUCAUACUGGAGAGAAACCUUAUGAAUGUCCUGAAUGUGGGAAAUCUUUCAGGCAGAGCACACAUCUCAUCCUGCACCAGAGGACUCACGUUAGAGUGCGACCCUAUGAGUGCAGUGAAUGUGGGAAGUCUUACAGCCAGAGAUCUCACCUCGUCGUGCAUCACAGAACUCACACCGGGCUGAAGCCCUUUGAGUGUAAAGACUGUGGAAAAUGCUUCAGUCGCAGCUCCCACCUGUUCUCACAUCAGAGAACCCACACUGGGGAGAAACCGUACAAAUGCCGGGACUGUGGGAAAUCCUUCAGCCAGAGUUCUGCCCUCAUUGUGCACCAGAGGAUUCACACUGGAGAGAAGCCUUAUCAGUGCGGUCAGUGCGGGAAAGCCUUCAUUCGGAAGAAUGACCUUAUUAAGCAUCAGAAGGUUCAUGUUGGAGAAGAGGCCUACAAGUGUAACCGGUGUGGGAUCGCCUUCAGCCAGAACUCCCCGUUUAUGGUGCGUCACAUAGCUCACACUGGAGAGCAGUUCCUAGCGUGUAAUCAGUGUGGAUCCGUGCUGGUUAACACCCCAACCCUCAUGAGAUACCAGAUAAAUCAUAUUAGAGAAAAUGCGUAUUAAUUAAUAAAUCUGAAAAAUUCUUCCUGAACAGCAAUAACUUUGUUUUGUCUUGGGGAACUCCUUCUGGAGAGAAGCUGCCUUCAGUCUUGUUACUACCCUUUUGCUCACUAGAGAAUUGGUCCUGGAGAGGGGAAAACCACACAAAUUUCACUUUAGUACAUCAGAUUUUCUGCUUUCUCGAAACUCCCACAAAAGUAAUUGGCCUGGGAGCAUUCUUGGCCAAGCCUUCAGUGCUGAAGUCUGAGAAGGAGCCAUUACUUAGGUGAGUUGUUGAUAGAUAAUCCAGCUUUGUUUCCACCCCAGAAGUGAGAGUGCUACCUCAGAAAGACAAAUGAGAGUUGUUGCUGAGAAGAAUAAAGAAUCAAUACAGUUAGAGCGAUGAAAGAUGGAAAGCAGUACUGCAGUGACGUGAUGUGCCGUUUUUUACUGGCUUGUCCCUCUCCCCUGGGACACUUUGUAGUGUUUAGUCUGCUUUCUGUGUCUUAUGUAAACCACAUUUUGGCUAGCAGCAGGGAACAUCUUAUAAUGUGAGCAGAGGAGGAAGAACACGUUUACUACUAGCAGUACCCAUUUUAAGUAUAUUUGCAUGUGGACAAGAAUUGAAAACCUCUCCAUAGAUAAAUGAACAGAAUUGAUUUGUUAGUAAUGGGUUUACAAGUGAGUUUCCUAGUGUACUUGGUGUCACCGUCAUGAUUAUUGGAAGAUACUUUUAAAUAUUUAAAAAGGAUGUCUAGUUUCUCUAUCCCACCAUCAAGGAAACUUGAGAACCACCUGCUAGCCGACUUUCCUGUACAUUCUAAGUUGUUUGGGGCCAUAGUUAAGAGUUGUGCUCCUUGCGGCAGGCUGCCAAAGGCCCCUGGGAAUUUGAACACGAUGACUCUCUGGAUGUUGGGACCUGAAAGAACAGUGGAUAUUUGAACAUGCCAGGGAGGGUCUCCUCAGAGCGGGUGCAGGUACCUGGACAAUGCUUGGAGCAAGUGUGCUCAUAAAAUGGACACAGCACUGCCCACAGCCACACUCCUUCCCAGGCAGACUUUUGUCUUUAUGAAGAAAGCUUAGUGGUUAGUCUCAGUCUCAGUCUGAGCUGGGACCCCCGAGGUGAAACCCCACCUCUCCUUCACUUGCCAGGUGACGUGGGCAUGCCGUCAAGCUCCUCCGUGCCCGACUCACAGACACCCUCCUCUGUAAGUCAGGGGCGCCUCGUACGGCUGUGCUCAGUAGCAGACGAGCCCAGAACGGUGCCUGAUGUGGACACCGUGCUGUAUUUCAUUAGCUGUGAUGUUCACCAUUAAGGCUGUUGCCCACCGCCCCCCGCCCCAGUGUCUGUCAUUUAACUUAAACCUGCCUGAUCGCUGAUAAGAACUGACUGACCCUCACUUCCCUUCCAGUCACACAUGUCUUCCCUUUUACCUACAUUGGAACUUACCAACCUCAGGAAACCACUGACCCACAGUGGGUGCGUGGAUUCAUUUCUGAGUAUCAGUAAACACCUUUUAAUGCUGUAUGCAAAAGCAAUCUCUCUGUAUGAAGGUUCUCCCUUCAAGGGAGAAGAUGCUAAUCUACAGAUUCUCUGGUAAAUCCAUGACCCAAAAAAGGUUUAGAAAGAGAACCCGUUUUAAUGCUGUUCCCUUCUAUAAAUGGAUCUUGUGUGGGGGGCCUGACCACUAUUUGCCAUUUUCUGAUAAACAAUACAUAUGUUAGAUGCUCAGUGAUUGACUGUUGAAUGAUAAAUAAAUGCUGAGACCACAGGACGAGGAUCUUGUGUCUCUCCCAGACAAAUCUGGAGAUGCUGGUAGACUUGUGCAACCGAGAACCGCAGGCAUCUGGGCUGCUCACUCGCUCUUCCCGGUGCGGCUGAGGUAGAGCGAGUCGGCCAGGCCUCCCAGCACCUCAGUCACUGUUAGCACUGCCUCUUCAGUGCUUAUGCACCAUUUGCGUGUGUAAUGGCCUCCUGUCAUGAACGGUUGUCAUCACAAGCAGUGGCUGUCCGUGGGAGGAAAAGAGUGGCCCCUCCGCUGGGCCUCUUAGCACUUCCCACAGCCCUCGGCUGGAGGUCCCACAGCUGCGCAGUGGAGAUGCCGCUAGUAUCCACCUCCAAAGGGGCUGUGUGCGGUCAGCGAGAUAAUGUGUAAAGGAUUUAAAACCGUGCCUGGCACGUAGCAAGUACUGUAUGUGUUAGCUAUGACUAAUUCACUAAUAUCAACACCCUAAGGGA